UCUCCCUAGUCCCGGCUCCCGCGACGCUCAGGGUUUACCGGAAGUAAAACAUCGGAAGUGAGGCGUGCCUCUGCCCGGAAGCGAGCGCAGCGCUGGGAAAGAUGGCGGCGGCGGUGGGGGCUGUCGGCAACGCGGUACCCUGCGGGGCCCGGCCUUGCGGGGUCCGGCCCGGCAGGCAGCGCAAACCCGGGUCGCAGCCGUGCGUGCCCCUUGCCGCCGGGCCGGCGCUAAUAGCGAGCGGCGACGAGUUGGUCGUCGCAGUGUGGCCGUACCGGCGGCUGGCGCUGCUGCGGCGCCUCACGGUGCUGCCAUUCGCGGGGCUGCUCUACCCGGCCUGGGUAGGUGCCGCGGCCGCCGGCUGCUGGGGCUGGGGCAGCAGCUGGACGCAGAUCCCCGAGGCCGCGCUGCUCGUGCUCGCCACCAUCUGCCUCGCGCACGCGCUCACUGUCCUUUCGGGACAUUGGUCCGUGCACGCUUACUGCGCGCUCACCUGCACCCCGGAGUAUGACCCCAGCAAAGCGACCUUUGUGAAGGUGGUACCAACCCCCAACAAUGGCUCCACCGAACUCGUGGCCCUGUACCGCGACAAGGGCGAAGAUGGGCUUGAGGUGCUGUCCUUUGAAUUCCAGAAGAUUAAGUAUUCCUACGAUGCUCUCGAGAAGAAGCAGUUCCUCCCUGUGGCUUUUCCGGUGGGAAAUGCCUUCUCGUACUAUCAGGGCAACAGAGGGUUCCAGGAAGACUCAGAGAUCCGAGCAGCUGAGAAGAAAUUUGGGAGCAACAAGGCCGAGAUGGUGGUGCCCGACUUCUCGGAGCUUUUCAAGGAGAGAGCCACAGCCCCAUUCUUUGUGUUUCAGGUGUUCUGCGUGGGACUCUGGUGCCUGGAUGAGUACUGGUACUACAGCGUCUUCACGCUGUCCAUGCUGGUGGCGUUUGAGGCCUCCCUAGUGCAGCAGCAGAUGAGGAAUAUGUCGGAGAUCCGGAAGAUGGGCAACAAGCCCCACAUGAUCCAGGUCUACCGAAGCCGCAAGUGGAGGCCCAUCGCCAGUGACGAGAUUGUUCCCGGGGACAUCGUCUCCAUCGGUGAGGCCCAGUUCCACUCCAUCCAGCUGGGAGCCCUGCCUUGGGGCCUCUGGCCAACCCUCCUGCCCUGCCCCGCAGGCCGCUCCCCACAGGAGAACCUGGUGCCCUGCGACGUGCUGCUGCUGCGGGGCCGCUGCAUCGUGGACGAGGCUAUGCUCACGGGGGAGUCGGUACCGCAGAUGAAGGAGCCAAUCGAAGACCUCAGCCCAGACCGGGUGCUGGACCUCCAGGCUGACUCCCGGCUCCACGUCAUCUUUGGGGGCACUAAGGUGGUGCAGCACAUCCCCCCACAGAAAGCCACCACAGGCCUGAAGCCGGUCGACAAUGGGUGUGUGGCCUAUGCCCUGCGGACCGGAUUCAACACGUCCCAGGGAAAGCUGCUGCGCACGAUCCUCUUUGGGGUCAAGCGGGUGACCGCAAACAACUUAGAGACCUUCAUCUUCAUCCUCUUCCUCCUGGUGUUUGCCAUCGCUGCCGCCGCCUAUGUGUGGAUUGAAGGCACCAGGGACCCCAGCCGGAACCGCUACAAGCUAUUUCUGGAGUGCACCCUCAUCCUCACCUCGGUCGUGCCCCCUGAGCUGCCCAUUGAGCUGUCCCUGGCUGUCAACACCUCCCUCAUCGCCCUGGCCAAGCUCUACAUGUACUGUACGGAGCCGUUCCGCAUCCCCUUUGCUGGGAAGGUCGAGGUGUGCUGCUUUGACAAGACGGGAACCUUGACCAGUGACAGCUUGGUGGUACGCGGUGUCGCUGGGCUGAGAGAUGGGACGGAAAUGACCCCCGUGUCCAGCAUCCCAGUAGAAACACACCGGGCCCUUGCCUCAUGCCACUCCCUCAUGCAGCUUGAUGACGGUACCCUUGUGGGCGACCCCCUCGAGAAGGCCAUGCUGACUGCUGUGGACUGGACGCUGACCAAAGAUGAGAAAGUAUUCCCCCGAAGUAUUAAAACUCAGGGGCUGAAAAUUCACCAGCGCUUUCAUUUUGCCAGUGCCCUGAAGCGGAUGUCCGUGCUUGCCUCGUACGAGAAGCUAGGCUCCACUGACCUCUGCUACAUCGCAGCCGUGAAGGGGGCCCCCGAAACCCUGCACUCCAUGUUCGCCCAUUGCCCGCCUGACUACCACCACAUCCACACCGAGAUCUCCCGGGAAGGAGCCCGCGUCCUGGCGCUGGGGUACAAGGAACUGGGGCACCUCACCCACCAACAGGCCCGGGAGGUGAAGCGGGAGGCCCUGGAGUGUGGCCUGAAGUUCGUCGGCUUCAUCGUGGUCUCCUGUCCGCUCAAGGCCGACUCCAAAGCUGUUAUCAGGGAGAUCCAGAACGCAUCCCACCGGGUGGUCAUGAUCACAGGAGACAACCCGCUCACUGCCUGCCAUGUGGCCCAGGAGCUACACUUCAUCGAUAAGGCCCACACGCUGAUCCUGCAGCCUCCCUCGGAGAAAGGCCGACCAUGCGAGUGGCGCUCCAUCGACGGCAGUAUUGCCCUGCCCCUGGCCCAGGGCUCCCCGAAGGCGCUGGCUCUGGAGCAUGCGCUGUGCCUCACAGGCGACGGCCUGGCCCACCUGCAGGCAUCCGACCCCCAGCAGCUGCUCCGCCUCGUCCCCCACGUGCAGGUGUUCGCCCGAGUGGCCCCCAAGCAGAAGGAGUUCGUCAUCACCAGCCUGAAGGAGCUAGGUUACGUGACCCUCAUGUGCGGGGACGGCACCAACGACGUGGGCGCCCUGAAGCACGCUGACGUGGGUGUGGCGCUCCUGGCCAAUGCCCCCGAGCGGGUUGUUGAGCGGCGACGGCGGCCCCGGGACAGCCCAACCCUGAACAACAGUGGCAUCAGGGCCACCUCCAGGACAGCCAAGAAGUCGGGGCUCCCGCCCCCUGAGGAGCAGCCAGCCUCACAGAAGGACCGCCUGAGCCAGGUGCUUCGCGAUCUUGAGGACGAGAGCACGCCCAUUGUGAAGCUGGGGGACGCCAGCAUCGCCGCGCCCUUUACCUCCAAGCUCUCGUCCAUCCAGUGCAUCUGCCACGUGAUCAAGCAAGGCCGCUGCACACUGGUGACCACGCUGCAGAUGUUCAAGAUCCUAGCGCUCAACGCCCUCAUCCUGGCCUACAGCCAGAGCGUCCUCUACCUGGAGGGAGUCAAGUUCAGCGACUUCCAGGCUACCUUACAGGGGCUGCUGCUGGCCGGCUGCUUCCUCUUCAUCUCCCGUUCCAAGCCCCUCAAGACCCUCUCCCGAGAGCGUCCCCUACCCAACAUCUUCAACCUGUACACGAUCCUUACCGUGAUGUUCCAGUUCUUCGUGCACUUCCUGAGCCUUGUCUACCUGUACAGGGAGGCCCAGGCCCGGAGCCCUGAGAAGCAAGAGCAGUUUGUGGACCUGUACAAGGAGUUUGAGCCAAGCCUGGUCAACAGCACCGUGUACAUCAUGGCCAUGGCCAUGCAGAUGGCCACCUUUGCCAUCAACUACAAGGGCCCGCCCUUCAUGGAGAGCCUUCCCGAGAACAAGCCCCUGGUGUGGAGCCUGGUGGUGUCACUCCUGGCUAUCGUCGGCCUGCUCCUCGGCUCCUCGCCCGACUUCAACAGCCAGUUUGGCCUCGUGGACAUCCCUGUGGAGUUCAAGCUGGUCAUCGCCCAGGUCCUGCUCCUGGACUUCUGCCUGGCGCUCCUGGCUGACCGCGCCCUGCAGUUCUUCCUGGGGACCCCGAAGCUGAAAGUGCCUUCCUGAGACGGCAGUGCUGGCAUCCACUGUUUACCCUGGCUGCCGCCAGGCAGGAACUUGCCAGGGCCCCAGGAGGGAACACUGCCCCCCACCCCCUACAGUAAGGCCAUCCAGCCUUGCCCUUGGAAGACUGAGCUGGGACCCCCACAGCCCUCCACUGGCCUGGCUGGUAGAACCAGCCCUGGGCCAGCACCUUUGGUAAAUAAAGAAGCAUCUGAGAUUUUAA